UCUCGAAAUCAAGAUUUCGAGAUUCAAAUAUCGAGAUCAAGAUGUCGAGAUGCAAAUAUCGAGAUCAAGAUGUCGAGAUUCAAAUCUCGAGAUCAAGAUGUCGAGAUGCAAAUCUCGAGAUCAAGAUGUCGAGAAGAGGAAAUCGAGCCCCUAAAUGUCGAGAUCCUGCAAAACGAAAACAUUGAUUUUUGAAAAUCUGAAACAUGUUCUGAAUAGCCCUAAUAAUUUAUGAAGAACUUUUCGUUAGCUUUCUAACAAAAAAAAGUUUGCUUAAAUUGGAUCACCGAGUCAAAAGUUAUGGCCAAAACAGUGCGGUGUCGCAGAAAAUCUCUAAUUUUGAGUUUUUGAGGAAUUUCUUCGAAGUUGAGGUUCUCGAUGUUGAAUAUCGAGAGCAGGUGGAUUUUAAACAAAAUUCUAAGGCAAUACCUCGAAAUAUGAAUCUCGAGGUUUAAAUCUCAAGAUCUUAAUCUCGAGUUUGCCUCGAAGAAUAAUGGUGAAAUCCACCGGCAAAACAAACUUCAGAAUAUCGAAAUCUGCAGAAUUUCAAAAUGUUUGGGACAUCGAAAACUUUGGAGUUUUGAAAACAUUAGAAAAUCGAAAACUUGUUGGUUGAAAAACAUCAGAACAUCGAAAACUUCUAAAAACUUUGAUAGGCAGAGAUUCAUUCAGAUAUCUAAAAAUGUAUAGCUUCGAAGUGUUCUGAACAGGAAAGAUAUCAAGUUUAGAAGAAAUCAGUGAUUCAAGAAACUCCAAACAUUGAAAAAUUCAAAACAUCGAGAAAUUUUGAAAAUCUCGAAAUCUUGAGAAUGUCGAGAUCCAAAACACCGAGAUUCCAAAUGUCGAAAUCCCAAAACUCGAAAUUCCAAAACUCGAGGUUUCAAAACUCGAGAUUUCAAAACUCGAGGUUUCAAAACUCGAGAUGUCAAAACUCGAGAUGUCAAAACUCGAGAUGUCAAAACUCGAGAUUUCAAAAGUCGAGAUGAGGAAAUCGAGUCCCUAAAUGUCGAGUUCCUGCAAAAUGAAAACUUCGAUUUUCGAAAAUCUGAAAGCUGUUCUGAAAAGCACUGAAGGUCGAGAUUCUCCUGUAUCAGUUUCAAGUCAAAAACGUUUCUGCAGCAGUGAAAAAUAAGGAUUUCGAGAUCUCAAUGUAGAGAUCUUCGAAAUAUAAAAAUUGCAGAAAACGAAAAAAGAGGUAUGCUGCUGGAUCGGUUUUGAAAGGCGAGUCCAACAGUAUGAUUUUUACAAAAUUUCGAUCACAAACGAGAUUACAGGAGCAAAUCUCUACAUAUAGAAAAACAGAAGAAAAAAACAGAGCAGUUCUUCGUUAGAUCCAAAAAUCGCAGAUAGAUCCAACCUAUUUCACGCCUCGGCUCUGAUACCAAAUGUUAAUCCCAGAAUACUAACAAUCAUACAACCAUAACAAUGAUAAAGAGGCAGAUAGAAAGAUAUGUCGAAGAUUAAACGCGAAUCUGGUAUACCGUAUGAAAACCGGCCGCUGCUCUCCCUGGAGAAGGAGAGCAGUGGCAACCCUAAUCUCUCUCUAUCUCGCCUCUGCGUCUCUAAGCCUCUCUCAAUCAGUUAGGGUUCCCGUAAGUUAGCCUCCUUUUAUAGGAGAAGGUUGCUAACUUACGGGUUACAAGGAAGCCCACGGGCUGAUACACAUUUGUGGCCCAUAUAACACGUUUAAUUAAUAACUACACAAAUACAAAGAUAACUAACUAGAUUGAACACCAUAAAAUAUUCCCAAUAGUGGGCUAAUUAAUUAAUUAAGGCCAUUUAAUUAGAGAUCAUUUGGCCCAUCCUAAUGUAACAAGGAUAUUCGGCCAUCCCUCUAUAAAUAGAAGGGGAAUGGACCGAACAUACUUGAGGGUUUCACAAUUAGAAUAGUCAUAUCAUUCUCGAAGCUCUCUCUCUAGAAUUCUAAGUCUCUACACAAUCUAUUCCAAGAUUUUGAAGAUCCUUAAACCCCCCGACAUCAAAGAUCAAAUUACCAAGAAGACAAUAAAGGGGAUAUUACAAGGAGUUCUUCAUGAAGCCUUUCUAAAAAGACAAAAGAAGCUGAUAUCCUCUGAAGAUCAAGACAAUGAUAAACCGCGUUUCAUUGCAAAUUGAACACAAAGGGGGAGAUUGUUAGAAUAUAUUUUAUUGUGUUCAAUUUAAUUAGAUUUAUCUUUGUUUAAUUAGGAUUUAAUUAGUGGACUAAGUAAUUAAUCAAGGCCAUUUAAUCAGAGAUCAUUCAGCCCAUCCUAAUGUAACAAGGAUGUUCGGCCAUCCCUCUAUAAAUAGAAGGGGAAUGGACCGAACAUACUUGAGGGUUUCACAAUUAGAAUAGCCAUAUCAUUCUCGAAGCUCUCUCUCUAGAAUUCUAAAUCUUUACACAAUCUAUUCUGCAUAUUAUUCUGGUAGAGCACAUAGAUUAGAAAUUCUCUCUCUAGCUGUUCGAGUACUGUGUGUAUUGUUCUUCACCGAAUCAUCAUUAUGAAUACACGGUAUAUGUUGAUGUUGAAUUUCUCUUAUACUAUUUAAAUUCUUUCUAUUAUUGUUAGAAUAUUCGACUGUUGAAAUUUGGGAAUACAUCACAAAAUAUACAUUCAAGAGACCAUACACUGUAUGACAAAAUAAUAGAUGUCCAAUAUGAAGAUACUACAAAAUAUUUGGUAGUUAAUCAACCACCAAAUAGACUAGAUAUGAAGAUACUAGAUCUAGGCCUCUUCAGAUCAAUUCAAUGUCUAAAGGAUAAAUGCCCAACAAGAAUUUUUUCUACUUUGGUCAAGAACUGUAAAAAUGCUUUCAUUGCAUACAACUCUCAUUCCUUAAAUCAUGUAAUCCUAAGUUUAAAUUUAUGCAUGAUUGUAGUAAUGAAGGUAAGGGGGGUGUUACACAUGAGUAGGUUCACAUAAGAAAGCAAGCACUAAAAAUGCAAUAACGUUUACCACUGCCAAUCAGUCUGAUGGUCCUUGAUAAAAGUCUAGAGGGGGGGGGGGGGGGGGGGUGAAUAGACUUUUAAGUCUUUUCGAAUUAGGUGUUCACUCCCCUCUGAAUAAGUAUAAUCCUUGGAACCUUUUGAGAGGUUUAGGAUUGGCAGCGGAAGUUUUUAUCUUUUUGGACAAACACACUAGAAGUUUGGUAAGGAUUGACUUUUGAGUAGGAACUAUUUUCUGGAUAUUUUCUAAGGCUUUUUGUUUGAUGGUUUAGUGGCUUUAAAUGUAAUGACUCACAGAUGUAUCCUGGUUCGGAGGUGGUGUAAUCCUCCUACAUCCAGUCCCACUCUAUAGAUGGAUUUCCACUAAACUAUUUAACCAAUACACUUAGUGACUAGUUUACCCUUGAUCACAGGCAUAAACUAUCAAGUUUUCAUUAGGAGUACACACCACUCCAAGUUAUUCUUGCCUCUAGGUUUUUCACUAAUGAAUCAAUCUGAUUCAAAUGUUACUCAUGUCCUAUUCUACCCACUCUUUGGAUUUGCAGCACAAAUUCUUUCCAAAGGUGUUACAACUUUUCACCAACUAUUCUAAGCUCUAGUAUGAAUCUUUCAUUAUGAACUAGUCUAAGAGCUUAAAGAAAUGUGAACGAGCCAAGAGUAAAGUGAUGAAUUAACACUUUAUCUUUUGCAGGAUAUUCUGAGUAUGAUUGCUUUGUUUGCAUUGCACUUAAGCUCGCUGAAUCUUCUUCGUCACAUUCCUUGAUUUAUUUAUAGACUUUGAGUUUGUUGAAUAUCUCCCGUUGGGUGAGGAGAUUCAAUCUUGAUCGUUGAAACAUCCACUUGAUCUUUUAUCUUCAGUAUGUCCUCCUUUUGUCUUGUUUUGAGUAGCCUGUGUUGCUAGUUUUGUUUUCUUGUUUGAGUCCAUGCUUCCAGUUGUAUGUGAUCGUAUGGGUUGACUCUGUAAAGCAAAACAUCUUUCAGUCCACUUGUAUAUAGGAGUAUGUGUUGACUCUGAAGUAUUCUGUAGUUCCACUUGUAUAUAGGAGUAUGGGUUGAUUCUGAAUUAUUCUGCAGUCCACUUGUUUAUUUAGUCCCGUGACUCUUUAAGAAAGUAUUUAGAAUACCUUUAGCUCCUCUGUUGCAGUUUGAGCUUCUCUGGUCUAACUCAGAGUUUUUCUGUUGUCAGCAUUGAGGUUUUCUGUUGUCAUCACUGAGGUUCUCUGUUACUGAGGUUCUCUGAUGUUAUCACUGAGGUUUUCUGUCACUGAGGUUCUCUGAUGUCAUCGCCGAUGUUCUCUGUUACUGAGGUUCUCUGUCACUGAGGUUCUCUGUCACUGGCAUUCUCUGAUGUCAUUGCUGAGGUUCUCUGAUCCUAACAGAAUACCUCGAGACUUUCUGUUGCAAUCAGAUUUUUUCGAUCUAUUCUGUUAUGAUCAGAAUACAUUGGUUUCUGUCACUGACUACCUCGAGACUACCUCUGGUUUCUCCCAGCCUCCCCUUUCUCCUUUUCUUCUUGUUAAUUUCCAUUCCCUUUCCUCCUCAUUCUUCUUUUAUUUAUUCUUGUGCCAGCACUCAGUCGUUUCACCAACACCAACGGCGUGGUUGCAACUGGAAUCAAUGCGACGGUGAGGAUGAGACGGUCGAUUCGCUGCUCCAACAAGAAGCUCUAAUACCAGGCCUUAAUAUUGAGGAGAAGAUGCUGGAGUUGCAGGGAGACAACAUUGAUACUAAGUUCCAUUCCAAAACUAAGUUUAGACAUGUUGGUGUAAUCUCGAGAUUUGCAGGGAGCUCAUUUGCUACUUUUAGGAAUAUUUACUAAAAUAAUACAAAAACAUACUCUUGGGUGUACAAGUUUAUCAGUACAUAAGACUUAUAUAUGUUGUUUACCUCUAUUAUGUAAGUUCUUGUAAUAGUCACUUUGUAAAAAUGUUCUGUUGUUCUUAUAUAUAGUUUGUAAAUGUAUUUAGAAUGUAAAAUUGAAAGUGUCCUAGAAUGUACUACCCAAAUGUUACUUAAGAUUAAUGAAUAUGUAUUUCCUCUUUUUUGUUA